ACGAUCAAGUUGCCCGAGACGCGAGGAUGGGAGGUAAAGGAAGAUGAGACGAAAUCCGAUUUUUUUCCUUUUUUCCGCUUUUAUCUCUCGCUCAUAGGAGAGGCUACGCAUUUUCUAUUACGCUAUUCACGUAUAUCCAUGAAAACAAGUGCAUCGAUUGAGGCGAAAAACUUAUUCGAGCUUUGAAAUACUCAACUUACACGAAGAACAAGUAUAAUAUCGGCAUCAAUAACAUUGGAGAUUUAAGUAUCUAUUCAAGCCAUGUCGCACCAUCGUACGAAUAUAUAUUUCUCGCUGCUGAUACUUUUGUCGCUGUUGAGUCUCUCCCGUACGCAAUCGAGCGACGGCGAUCCGUGCCCGAACGUGGUCGAGCGUACCCGCUGGGGCGCGCGACCUUGGCGCAACGUGAAUUACCUGGUGACGCCGCUGCUGCACGUCGUCGUGCAUCACACCCAGACGCCGGACUGCGACCGCUUCGCCGAGUGCGCCGAUCUCGUCAAGGGUAUACAGAAUUACCACAUGAACGAUCUCAAGCUCGACGACAUCGGCUACUCAUUUUUAAUCGGUGGCGACGGCAACGUCUACGAAGGGGCUGGCUGGUACAACGAGGGUAAACAUACUCGUGGCUACGACAGGAAGUCCGUAUCGCUGGCAUUCAUAGGCAAUUUUCAAAAAUCCUUCCGGAACUCGACAAUGGGUAUCACCAUAGAUAAGAACCCCAGCGAAAAGAGUCUCAAGGCGGCACACGAUCUAGUCGCUUGUGGCAAAAGGCAAGGAUUCCUCCGACAGAACGUCAAAGUCUACGGGGCUCGUCAGAUUAUAAAUACCGACAGCCCCGGUAAUAAGUUAUUCGCGCGCAUCAAAAACUGGCCCGAAUGGUCUGAAAUUCAUUCGUGAUGACGAUUCGUUUGAAAUGAUUGAUUAAUAAAUGGAAAUGAUCAGAAUAAUUUCGUUGAAUAGUUUUUAUUUCAUAACUAUAUGUGCCUAAUAUUUAUAUUUACAAGAUUUCGCUGAUCUAAACAAAUUUGCUAAUUUUUUUUCUUUUUUUUUUAUAAUUACUCAUCAAAUAACAUGGGACAGAACAAGUUAACGGUUUUCUUCUUUCUUUUACAUUGCGUGAUCAUGAAAUUAUUGAAGCAAACAUAAGUCUUAUAAAAGCCAGAAUUAAUCUUUCAACAAAAAAAUAAUUAAUUUUAUUAUUGCCAUUUCAUCGUUCAAACCAAUCUUGUGAAACUGUCAAUUUUAUGUACAAUUUUAUGGCGACGCCGCGAUACCGAACUAUUGGCUAAAUGAUUAAUCUUCGUCGAUGCGAAGACUAGCAAUAGCUUGUUGGCAUUCUCGUAGCGUUACAAUUGAUGUCGCUCGAAUGUUUUUAAAUAAAAUUCUAAUCGUUUUUAAUAUAAAAAAUCAAAAAUUUGGUUUACACUGAAAUUAAUUAAUUCAACUAACUAAAAUUACAUACUAAUCAUCAAUGAUUUAAAUUCGUGAUUCAAGAAGCGUUUUUGAAUACUUUAAAUUUUCGAAUUCAAUUUUUUCGACUUUUUGUGCUCAUCCAAUACAUAUGUUCUGUGCACCUUUCCAUAGCAUUACCGAACGCAAGCAUAAAUAUUUUACACUUCAAAUUAUAUACAAGCACAACAAUUGUCGAGUUUUAAUUCGAUAACUCUUAAAAACAAUUGCUAUUUACAAACGUAUUCUUGGUUCAGUAUUUUGCUUAUAACUUUGUAUCAGGCACCUAUGUACAGAGAAGAAAAGUUAGAACAUUUUUUAACCUUUCUCACUUUAGCAUUCUUUUUACAUACAAAAUAAAUCGCACUCCUGCGAUUAUCAUGAAAAUAUAAAGAUAUCAUUUAUUUUUCAUAGCUACUUUUGAAUGCACCAUUUUUGCAACUCUUUAAAAUGCUUUUUUAGAACUAAUAUCUCUUUUAAGUUCAAAUAAUCUCGGUACUCUUAUACUUAUAAACAAGGCCUCUGCCAAAGAUGUAUCAUUUUUUGAUACAACUCGUAUUAAAUUCUUUUUUCAUUAACGUUUACCAUUAUUCGCCCAACUGUACUUUGCUUUGAAUUUAUAUCAAUCUUAUUUGGUGAUGAGUGUCACUAUUUUUUUUAUUUUUGAGACAAUUGCUUCACAGAGAAUAAAUUUAUUUCAGCUUCAAGCUGUGAUUUUCACAUAUAUGAAAAAUUAAUGUAGCGCAUAUAUACAUUAUAAUAUUUUUGUUUUAUCUAUCGUUAGAUAUUACAUUGAUUUCACUUAUGUCUUCCAUUAUUAAAUAAAAAUACUUGUACAUAUUAUAAAAAAAGAGAUUUUUUACAUCCGUGUUAUUCAGAAAAGUUUCAAUUAAAAAAAUGAGU